AUGGAGCUCACUCUUCAGAUCCCACCUGGGCGACAGGAAUCCUUGCCUGGCCAACAACAUAGCACUGUUCUAUACCCAACGCGAAAUGGGUCCCUCGCCUGGCUCAGUGCAGCGGGACUAUUCACCGUCAUCUUGCUGGGCGCAUAUGCAUACAGGAAUCUGGUCCUGGUAACAUGGCGACGCAAGCGGAAAUCGAUGCGUCUACUGGCCGAGUUCUACGCGGAUCAAGACGGAGAGGCAACGGCCGAGUCCAUCAAAAACGCCUCGGCGCGGAAUAUCCACCGACUGACGGGGGCGUGUGUUGGACUCGGCAGCGCUGUCUCCAUGGCGAAGAUUGGACGGUCCCUGGGACUUCAACGGCGUGGUGUGCCCGUGGUGGACUUGUUGCAAGCUGUUACCUGGGCAUUUCUUGUCCUGCAGUGUAGUGCUUUGUUUCUCCGUCUCCCGGCUCCCGCACCUUAUUCAAUUGCGUUGCGAGCCGCGCUUAGUUUCGCAGUGGCGGUCAUUGUCCUCCUCGCGCAGCUGAGUGAUCUUUAUAAUUACAACGAAUAUUUGACGCCGGAAAGCCUCCUCAUCGGGCUCCAAAUUGCACUGAGUCUCUGCGCAAUUGUCUUGAAUCUUCUGGUCCCACGACGUCCAGAUGUAUUCCACAACGGGACUCCCGUGGAUCGGGAAUACUCAACAUCCUACCUGGAAUGGCUGAGCUUCAGCUGGAUAGCGCCAUGGCUGAAAACAAUGAAAUCACGCACAGUGCGGAUUAGCGACUUGCCCGAGCUCUGCUAUAGCUUGCGGGCUGAGAGUGCACUCCGCACCUGCUUUCAGAUGAUGAGCGGUGGAACUGCCGGCGCUCGAGGGCUGUGGAUGGUGAUUCUACGGUCCGAGCUUGGUCUCCUGUCCUUGCAGGGAAUCAUCACACUGAGCUCAUCACUCCUGGGAUUCGUGCCCCAGUUCGCCGUGAUGAGGAUCCUUGCCACGCUAGAGAAAUCCCGACAGGGCGAAAGGGACGAGGCCCGCUUAUACGCGUUCCUCGUCCUUCUCUGCACCUCGACCAUGGCAACGGCCGUCCUGGAUAGCUUAAAGUAUUGGAUCUCCUACGGCAAGCUUUCCAUCCGCGUGCAGCAGCGGCUGACAGUAGCCGUCUUCGACAAGGCCGUUCGCCGGAAUGCGGGUGCGGCAUGUACCUCCAAGACAAUCAGAGCAAAGGGGAGUGAUAUUGACGGCCCGCUCAAUCCUAUCAGCUUGGCCGCGGUGGAUGCAAAGACCGUCGCCGACUUUGUCUGCUUGACCUUUCAACUUUACGAGACGCCGGCGAAGCUGCUGGUGGCAUCAGUCUUCCUGUGGACUCUCUUGGGGUGGGACGGCCUGCUGGCCUGCGCGAUCGUCCUCGUCCUCACUAGCUGCGGCAAUUCGUACACGGUCAGGAGAUAUUCUCGGAGCCAGCGCAAUUUGCACCGGUCCCGCGACCAGAGACUGACCCUCGUCACGGAGGUCCUACGGGGCAUCCAGCAUGUCAAAUUCGCCGCCCUUGAGGAUCGAUGGGAAGCGAGAGUUGGUAACCUGCGGGGCGAGGAGAUGCGCGCGCAAUGGUCCGCGUAUCUGUGGCAGACAUUCAUGUUCUCCGUGUACUUUUUGAGUCCGAUUCUGCUCUCCGCGGCGGCUCUGGGGGUAGCACUGCUGAGUCGCCGUAAUCUGACUGCGACCACUGCCUUCACGACGAUUGCAGUGCUGAAUUCCAUUGAGAUGUCGCUGAGUGUGCUGCCGGAUGUUGUCUCCAUGUGCGCCGGUGCUUUUGUGAGUAUGCACCGCCUCAGCCGCUUCUUCUCCGAGCCCGAUCAUGUGUCAAGCGUGAUGCCGUCCGAGGUGAUUGAAUUCCGGGACGCGACACUGGCAUGGCCUUCGUCCGCGGCGUCCCUCAGCGGUGUGAAUCUCAAAUUUCCCAGGGGUGCAUUGAGCAUCAUCACGGGCGCCACAGGAACGGGGAAGAGUCUCCUCCUGACCGCCAUCCUUGGAGAAUCCGAUCUUCUCACUGGUACAAUUAGAGCUCCAACUCCUUCCCACAUCCAGACCAAGCCCGGUCAAUACUCCCCCAGAGGUGGGAUAGCAUACCUUCCACAGGUCCCAUGGAUUGAGCGAGGAACUAUCAGAGACAACAUUCUGUUUGGUACUCCCUUCAAACCGGACCGGUACGCGCACGUUCUAUUCGCCUGCGCCCUGGAAAAGGAUCUGGAGCGGUUACCGGCCGGAGACCUGACAGAGAUUGGGACUGACGGCGUCAAUUUAAGCGGUGGUCAGAGAUGGCGGGUGUGCCUUGCUCGGGCAUUGUACAGUCCCGCGCAUACCCUGCUUCUGGACGAUUUCUUCAGCGCCGUAGAUGUACAUACGCGGGCCCAUCUCCAUCGUCAUGCGUUGAUGGGAGAGAUCGCCCGUGGGAGGACCCGGAUCCUGGUGACGCAUCAUGUCGACCUCUGCCUGUCUUCGGCAGAAUACCUGGUGUCCCUGGGCAAUGGCACUGCGGUUGCGAUGUCGGUGGAGGAUGCUCGACAGGAGCAACUGGGCAGGGUGCACUCUGUGGCGACAGUUGAUGAUGAUGGACUGCAGGAGAGCGAGCCUGAGAUAGAACAUACUCAGGCUCCUCGUAGAGAUGACGAGGAAACCGCAGGGCUGAGCUGGGAGGCAAUCCGGGCAUACUUGAGCCAAGGAGGUGCAGUAUUUCACUGGGCUCUGGUAAUCGUGUCAUUUGUCGGAUAUAGCGGGCUCAUGCUGGGUCGGGCCUGGUGCAUCAAGCUCUGGACCAGUCGAGAUGCCCGCAAACCAGAAACGCCCUCCGAUUACCCCGAUAAUCUCCGGUAUGAUUUCGCUAUCUACCUAGGACUAUCCCUCCUUACUGGCAUGGUUGGAAUUGCCCGCUGCUAUGUCAUCAUCCGUGUUGCCUUUCGAGCCUCCCAGCGCCUGUUCAAUCAGAUGCUCCGAACGAUCCUCCGCGCUCCGCUGCAAUGGCACGCUGCCACCCCCUCUGGCCGCAUUCUGGCCCGGUUCUCAUCCGAUGUGACCGUCAUCGAUUCACGACUGGCGAAAGACCUGCGCAAUACCCUCGAUCGCGUCGCCGACGUCGCCAUGGCCCUUGCGGCAGGGUCCCUCGUGAGCCCCCUCGUCCUGCUUGUCGCAGCCGCCCUGGUCCUCCUGUAUCUCCGCUUCGCACACACCUACCUGCGCGCAUCCCGCAUGCUCAAUCGCCUCACGAGUGCCGCCAAGGGCCCCAUCUACGGACACUUCGACGCGUGUCUGGCCGGACUUCCCGUCAUCCGUGCCUUCGGCCGGGUCGAUGCAUACCGCCGCUCAUUACUGGACAAAGUCGACAACCACAGCCGGGCGUACUGGUCUCUACGCCUGCUCACGCGCUGGCUCGGCUUCCGCAUCAACAUGAUCGGGGCCGCAUUCUCCGCCGCCUCCGCCGCGCUGAUCGUCUCGCUGCGCGACGUCGACGCCGGGACCGCCGGGUUCGCGCUCAGUUUCACGAUGCAGAUCUCCGCAUCCAUCGGGCUGGUGAUCCGCUACUACGCCUUCCUCGAGCAGGAUAUGAAUAGCGUCGAGCGGGUGCGCGAGUACGCGCGGCUCGAGACGGAGCGGUACGACGGCCGCGAUGCACCCGCCGCCUGGCCCACCCGGGGCCGCAUAGAAGUCUCCGAUCUUGCCGUGCGACAUGCGCCGCAUCUACCCCCCGUGCUGCAGGGCAUCAAUUUCCGGGUGGAGGAAGGCCAGCGCGUGGCUGUGGUUGGGCGCACGGGCGCCGGCAAGUCCUCUCUUGUGCUGGCGCUAUUCCGGAUCCUGGAAGCGGCACACGGCCGGAUCCUUGUGGAUGGCCUCGAUAUCUCACAGCUGAAGCUGCAGGUGCUCCGCGGCCGGAUCGCAGUUAUCCCGCAGGACCCGUCGAUCUUCCGCGGGACAAUCCGGUCGAACCUGGAUCCGUUCGAGGAGCACGAGGAGAGCGAGCUCCUCCGCGCGCUGGAAAGCGUCCGGUGGACCAUUGACUCUCCGUGCGCAACCGGUGAUUGUUCGCCUCUGGAUCGCGCGGUGGCCGCCGGGGGUAGCAAUCUCUCGCAAGGCCAGCGCCAGCUGCUCUGUAUCGCGCGGGAGAUCGUCCGGCGACCUAAGAUCUUGGUGCUGGAUGAGGCGACAUCGGCGGUGGACAAGCAGAGUGACCGGCUGAUCCAGCAGUGCGUCCGGACGGUCUUUGGGGGCGGUUCUACCACGUUGCUGGUCGUUGCGCAUCGGCUGGGCACAGUAGCUGAUUUUGAGCGGGUCCUGGUGCUGGAUGCUGGGAGGGCGGUUGAGUUUGGGAGUCCGCUGGAGCUGAUGCAAAGGGAGAAUGGGAUCUUUCGCGAGAUGGUCGAGCAGGAUCAAGAGAGAGCCAUGCUCAAGGAGAUAAUUGCCAGAGGGAGGUUGGAGAGUGAUUCUUGUACAGAGUGA